GGACUGGUAACGACGGUCAUCCCACCAUUCCCAGCACCGAAAAGCGACCUCACCAUCUCCGGAGGUCUCCUUUCCCCCUCCCCUCUCUCUCUUCCUUCCUUCGGCCAUUGCCUCCCACGCCCCUUGGGCCUUGUCCCCAGCCCUAGCCAUACGGUCCCGUACCACCACCAUGGCCCCCUCCAAGCAGCAACGACUCCUGUGGGUGCACUCAACCGAACCAACAAGCGUUCGCCGUCGUGAUAAGACCACCAUGACGAAAAUCCGCCGCCAUGUCAUGGAAGAUAUCGGAAUAUCACGCCGCAAACCCCAACAAAAUCCGCAAUUCGUCAUCGAGGUCGGGUCGCCUACUGAGGUCAACUCGCUCUUGCCGCCCUUCUGGAGCCAGGAUCCGCUCAGCAUUCUGGAACAAGAGUGGCAAAUGGACAACUUCUCGGCGUACGGAAUGUCUUUAUUGGCUACCGAAGGCAAAAGACUACUCGGCAAUGCAGAUGCAUUGACUUCCGAGGGUUUCUCCUUCCCCUUUGCCUUCACAUCAUCCGCAUUCCUCCGUCACUUCAGGCCCAUCUUCUCCGACCCUUCCGUGCUCAAACAAAUCUACCACCAGUCAUCGGGGAGGGUCAGAGUCAUGGCAUUGGAACGCUCCUUGGGGACCAUCUCGUGCAUCGAGGCGACUGUGGCUCAGCCGAAAAUUGAUCCGGCCACAGCGGACCGUGUCAUUUGCGCCGUCCUGUCCAUCAUUUGUUACAAUCUGUUGAGCCUAGAGUUUAAUCAAGCUCGUGUUCAUUUAGGAGGUCUUGGGGGUUUGAUUGCUGCCAGAGGCGGGAUACAGUCUCUGAACGGCAACAAUGAGCUGAGAUUGAUCAUUUUCUGGGUCGACGUCACGACAUGCUUGCUGUUCAACAUGAGGCCACGAUAUUCGCUACCCCUGGACCUCAUCCCGGCAAUGUUCCACACGGACUCGUCAAAGGGGUUACCGAUGCCGCUCUCGAGAAUUCUUGCAACUGCCGAAGCUGAAAUCGGGGUCAAACUGACACACAUACCGGUUUGCGUAGCCGACUUGAGCGAAGUAGCCCUCGCCAUUGAGUCAGAACUGGCGGUGAGAGGGGAUGCCUUGUGGGAUGAUGAGAUCUUUCUGGGGCUACGAAUUAACCCCCUGGCGCACCGUUUGUUUGACCGCGCAGGACCAACUGCCGGAUUUUCUUCUCACUUGCAUCAAAUCUUGGAAUCCGUACGGAUAGGGAUGAUCGUUUGGAUUAUCUGGGUGAAACGCAUGUGUCGAUCAUGGCCCGGCUCUCCCAUGGCAUACGUGCCAGAGUUGCUCUCCAUGCUCAGUGCGGAGACCAACUGGGCAGCAAACACCGCCUUGGAUGCUUUGGAUGACAUGCUGUCUGUGAGACUCUGGCUCAGUGUUCUCUGCGGUAUUGCAUCUUGCCACGGAUCGUGCGAGCGAGAAACUGCUGUAAAGCUGAUUGCAGAAGACGUGCAUCGAUUAAACCGAAAGGAAUGGGGCGAGGUCAUGGUGCGUGUACGGCAGAUGCCCUGGAUCAACUCCUUUGAGACACCCUUGGCCGGGCUAAGAAGUCAUGUCCAAUUGCUCCAUCUCUCGUAAUAGUUGUAUUUUAGUUGGUAGCAUCUUGGGAGAUAGAUCGGAACCCCUCACCGAAAAUGAUAACCGCCUACCUUACCUUACCUAGAAAGG